GUUGUCGAUUGCUGGCAUGAUCUGGAUAACACCGAGUAUGACUGUUGGCCAUUAGAUAGCCCUAAUGAUUACAACAUGAUCAACUGUGGAGGUAAGUCCAACCUGAUUAAUUGUGUGGAACUGACUUAAAGGAGGGAAGGCGGUCUGUUGUUGUAGUGCUAUUGUAUAAUUUGAUGGUCAGAAAGUGCAGAAAUAUUGCUUUGAUGAUUUCUGGUGUCACUGGAUUCCUUAUCUUGGAGAAUACACACAAAAAAGUCCUUCCUCAACAGUGUGUGCGUGUGUGCAUGUGUGCAUGUGUGCGUGUGUGUGUGCUUGUGUGUGUAUGCUCACGUGUGUGUCCAGGGCUGGAGAUGUCCUGGGUGCUGCGGCCACCGGAGAAAGUGACGGAUGGGGAGGAGUUCAAUGUCACCUACACCGUCACAGCAUCAGACUACUUCUAUGAGUAUGCAGUCAAAAACAAGAUAUUCCAGUUCAGGUGAGCCAAUGUCUGUAAUUCACUCCCUGCCAUACCAAUCAGCCUAUCCGUCCGUACACCUGAUGACCACAACAUGAGGAAGAUAAAAAAUGUACUGGGAAUGGGAAUGCCGAGACAGAUACUCAAACAUUUACUUUAUAGAUUGAACCUUACAGUGUACACAGUAGAUCUACUGUGCACCCAAUCUAGUAGAUUGCCAUCUACUGUGUACACUGAAAAGCGCAAUCUAUAAUGUAAAUGUUUGAGGCAUAUCUUCCCAAUCUAAUGUAAAGAUAUAAUUUACAUUACAUUACUCAGUCGACAUUUGAGUAAAAAGUUAUUUGUGUUGAGGUAACAUCCUAUAGUGCCUUAUAUAUUACCCAUGGAUCUCCUGUGUUUUACUGUAGCCUCAUAUCUGGAUGCCUUUAGAUACUGUACAUAAUUGCUGUUUAAACAGACUGUAAAGAUCUAUUUGUCUAUCUACCCAUCACUCUCCAGCAACGCCUCCGAAGCCAAAAGGUUCUGUGACAAGCACGACUGUCCCGCAAAUUGGAACAGUGCCAACGAGAUCAACUGUUGCAUUUACCAUGCCAACAUUCACUCCUGCCCUCUGGCUCUCAUGGUCAGUACUGUCACCCUAAAAAGCUGGGUUGUGUUCAUUGGGCACUAAACGUAAGAAAACUGACUGAAACAGGGAGAGACUACCUGGACUUAAGAAAUGUUCAUUUUUGUUUUCAAUUUCAGAACGUUUUCUAAAAUGUUUUCUGUUUCAUGGCCUAAUGAACAUGACCCUGGGCUUCCCUGUGUGUAUUGGGUCGCUGCCAGUCUGCUGAAAGUACACUGAAGGGGAAGACAGAUGCCAAAUUCUUAGUUGACCCCUAGCCCCCACCCCGGCCUAGGCUACUUGAUAGAUGUGAGAGGAUUAGAUAAGAGUAAGCAACGGUAAUAUUGUAGCUCCACUUUUUCUUCUGAUUGAAUGGUAUGUAUCAUAUUAUAACACCUAUCCAGGGGCACAGCUCUCAACGUGUGUAUGUAUGGGGUUAUUGGGAAAUAGACAGAAGAUACAAUCUGGUCUAACCAAAAGGACAAUAAUGCUAUUCAAUACUUUCAGGUCUAUUCAAGCGGCCAGGGUAGGGGGUAUAGGGGUCGACUUUAGGUCACGUUUUGGGCAAGAGGCAUACAAAAAAGAGAGUGGUAGCAACAGUAGCAUUUGGUGUCCCUCCGAAUUGCCUUUGUGUGUGAGGAAAAGCUGCCCUUACUUUACAUCGGCAGCUGAGAGCCAUUACAGGUACACUGAGACCUAAGGCCCGCCCAUUAUCUUGCUGCUGACAUUAAAACAUUUGAUUUGUGUGCGAAGGACCUAAAGGCAUUGAGUAUGUCUCAUCAGAGGCCUGAAUGCCUUGAUAGCAGGGAUGGUAAAAAAGUACAAAAUACAAUUACAAAAUACCACAAAGAUCAAUGUAUCAAAAUAAACUACAAAAUAUUUGUAUUUUGAAAUGUAUUUAAUUAAAAUACAUAAUUUUUAUUUUAAAAUAAAGAAAUACAUUUGCAAGUAGCCGGUCCGAACAGCAACAACAUUCUCAGUAACAGUUACAGAAACGUUUUACUUGCUAUGACUGUGACAUGUUGUUGUUUAUCUACCUUAGUUGAAUGCACUGACUGUAAGUCACUCUGGAUAAGAGUGUCUGCUAAAUUACCAAAAUGUAAAUGUACAGUAUGUGUGAAAAUAAACAUAUAAAAAUUGCAAAUCACACUGGGUAUUACUAUUGGCCUUGUUUUGGGGCGGAGCUCAUUAGAGUAAUACUCAGCAUGCUUUGCAAUUGUUCAUUUUUACAUACACAUUUACAUUUAGUUAAUUUAGCAGACACUCUUAUCACACCAUAGUGCCAUCAGACUUCUGAAACCAAUGCAGUGUGAAAGGGAGCCACAAAAUUGUGAACCGCUGUAAAAAUUUGAAAAUACAAAUUACAGCUCUCAAAAGUAACUUGUUACAAAAUCCAUUGGAGUGUAGUUCAGACAGUAUAAUACACAUUUCAAAUACUCAGAAGUAAUUGAAAUACUUAUUUCAAAUAGGUGUAACAGAAAUACUGUCAAUCUCUGCUUGUUAGCACUCAUUCUCUCUCCCCCACCCACCAAUCACUGUUUGUUGAGUACUAUGGUAUAACGCUGUUGAAGAUUUCGAUUGGUUUUGAUUAUGAUGCUAACCCAAUCAUGUCGCCCCCACAGAGGCAAGGCGGUAUUUGUGGUCCGUGGAUCCCUGAUGACGGGAAGAUUGUGACUCACACCGUGUCCAAGGCGGGAAAGAUGAGCAAGAAGUUCUGGACAUCAAAGGUACCAACCACUGUAAAGUAAAUGUAAGGGCUUUUCACACUACUGAGCCGAACCGAGCGGAACCAAACAAAGCUGUACUGCUCUGGCCUGGUUAAGCAUCCACCAUUGUUUUUCGGAACUGGGCAGAAAGGACAAUGUGAAAAGAAAUAUCCAAGCCAGUAUCGGCACGAUACUGUCUGUGUUAAGGGUACUAGUAAACAGUAGUGCUCAUGUUGUCUUUAUGUGCUUUGGUAGCUAUCUGACAAUUGAGUUUUUAAUCACGGUCCCAUCCAGGUGGUUCUGGUUCAUGUAGGAGUGACCUCAGUCAUUGCCCAUAUCAAAAUUGGACAUAUGCAUGCAGCGCUGGAGUCCAAGGUCCUGGUCGUCAGUGCUCAAGGUCAGUGUGCUGCUAACACUAGCAGUGUAUCCAUUUGUUAUUAUGCACAACUCCUAUUGCUACUCAAGGCUCACCCCUGUGGUGAGCACCACAUUUUGGAUUGUAAUAACUUUUGUACAUUGUUUUUUAGGCCUAGUUGUUUAUUUGUUGUGGAAAAAUCCAGACAUUAGGAUGUUGUUGCUGCACAGAAGUGUUCAACUCUAGCCUGAGUCAUAGUGGUAAUCUUUUCUCCUUGGUGCUUAGAUUGACACACUAAUGUUAUUCAUGAGCAAGCUGGUUUCCCAGGUCUAAAUCAUAGUAGUAAUUUCAAGGCAAAGAUAAAAGGUACACCUGUGUCAUAACAGUUACGUGGGAGUUUGUGUGUGUGUGUGCGUCUGUGCGUGUCUUAGUGUGUGGGGAUGACGUCUGCGAGAUGGAGGAGAACUGUCUCACGUGCCCGGCGGACUGUGGUGCCUGCCCCAUGUCCAUCACCAUCAAGGUCGCCAUCGGACUGCCCGUCACGCUCUUCUUCGGUGGCUUCAUCUUAACCAUGGUGGUGAGGCACCAAACAAAAAAUAUACACCAAACAAUACAAAUUAUUUUGUGGGGUUUUUCUCUUGCAUCCAGACCAGGCACAAAACAAACUCACUUCUGAGUUUGGUCAUGACCAGGCAAAUCAUUCUCAUCCAAUGCAGAUGUUUUGAUAAAGCCCAUGCUUCUAUCUCUUUCUCUAUAGUGGUUCCAGUACCAGAAACAGAAGAUGUUUUGGGACGAAAGCUGGAUUAUCAACUAUAAAAAUAUAAUGUUUGGUAAGAUGAGAUGUCAUCUGAUAUGAAUCAGGUGAACUCCUUUGCUUGCUUGCUUAUGCAGUUCAGUUCAAUACAUAUUUAUUGUCCAGGGACGGUAAUUUGCAGCAUGCACAAUUGUAAUCUGCAGCAUUAUUUUCUCCUUUCUUUAGCAUGUCUCGCACAAUAUAGCAAAGAAAUGACUGUAAAAGAGCAUGUCAUGCAUCCAAACAUGUUUUCUUCAAUGCUGCACACAAAUUGCCAUUCUGGGAGUCUUUUACAUACAUUUCUAUACCUAAUAGUUUCCUUUUUUGGCGUUUGCAGGUAAAGUGUGUUACAUGGGCUUCUGCAGUACCACCAGUCUCCAGCCGGUGAAGAGUAACUCCAGUGUGAGCCGAACUACAGACGUGACUGUCUGCACUAUGGUCAACACCACCUUCAAACAGAGCUUUAUCCAACCUGCCAUUUAGUAAGACGUCUUACUUAAACACUGAACUGCAUAACGCAUGUCUAAGGCAUGGUAUUUAUUACACAGGUGAAGGGGGAAAGUACUGUGGCCUGGGACUGCUGUAAAGUGGAGCAUGCAGAUAUUCACGGCUAUUGAUAAUAAUGUAUUUGAUUCAGAACUAGUGCACUGCAAUGCACUUAAACAGAGUACAUGUAUUUAUCCAAUGUGCACUUAUCAGUCAUCAACUAUAUUCUCAGACAAUUAUUAUAUGAGGAACCUAGUUUUAUUUGUAUAAACUGCUUUUGCUUGCAUCUGUCUACGUGUAGUAGGUUUGCUGUCUUUCCUGAUAACUAAAAAAGUCAUUAUUUUCUAUUGGUUAGUGAUGGAAGGACUGUAGCAGUGAAACACAUCCAGAAGAAACACUUCACCCUCUCCAAAACUAUCAGGAGGGAGGUGAAAGAAGUGAGGUGAGUAGAACCUGUGUACUCCUAAAACCUCAUACACAGACACAAUUACCUAGAGUAUAUAUUUUGAUUGAUCUCAUGCAGCAUUUUCUUCACUUACUGAAGAUCUGAUAAAAAUCACAUAGUAGUAUCCCAUCAGGCAAAAACAUUUUUUUGAAUCACAAUUCAAUGUUGAACAUCAAUGGAUUUUUUUGUUACAUUUAUAAAAAGUCCUCAAGUUACAGUUGUUGUCUAAUUUCAACCCAGAUUUCAACCACAUAUCAAUGGCAGGGUGAUUUCAAGGUUUGGUUAAUUUCAAAUUGAAUUCACCUUUGUUGACAACUCAACGUCAACUAAAAUUGGAUGUUGAUUUGAUGUUGAUGUCCGGUGUGAUUGGAUAUGACACAUUUGCACCACCAGUUCAUUUCUAGAUAUUGCAUUGCUUUUUCUUAGGGAACUGGAUCACCCAAAUCUCUCCAAGUUCAUGGGUGGUUCCAUUGAGGUCCCCUACGUCAGUAUCAUCACUGAGUACUGCCCCAAAGGAAGCCUGGCUGAUGUCCUCCUGAAUGAGGAUGUGCCAAUCAACUGGGGGUUCAGGUGAAUGUCAAGACAUCAGCUUUUUCUACCAUCUGUCUGAAGAAAGAAUACUGCACUAUAUUUUACAUUUACAUUUUUAGUAAUUUAGCAGACGCUCGUAUCCAGAGCGACUUACAGUUAGUGAGUGCAUACAUUUUUCAUACUGGCCCCCCGUGGGAAUCGAACCCACAACCCUGGCGUUGCAAGCGCCAUGCUCUUCCAACUGAGCUACAGGAGGCCGGUUUCCUUGACAUUAACCUUGUCCUGCACUAAAAAGCAUUUCCAUUGAACAUGCUUCUUAGUCUAGGACUAGGCUCAAUAUGUGUCCAGGACCUUAAUGUAAUAGAACCUAAUUCUGUUUUAUUGUGUUCUUCAUUUAUGCUGGCACACAGGUUGUCAUUUGCUACUGACAUAGCCCGAGGAAUGGCUUACCUCCACCAACACAAGAUGUUUCAUGGCAGACUUCACUCAAGGAAUUGCGUCAUUGACGACCGCUGGGUCUGCAAAAUCUCAGGUGAUAAAAUUAAGACCUCCCUGUGUAGGAGUGUGUAGCCAGGCAGCAUAUCUCAACAUGCCUUUAUCUACUACUGUUGUGUCCUUGAGUAAGGCACUUAACCCCUAACCUGCUCCAGAGGCGCUGCUCAGCGGCUGACCAUGUGUUGUUUAGAGCCUCUCGUGUGAGUAUAUAUGUUGUUCCGGGAGAUUUGGAACAACAUAAGAAAGAAAAGGCAACAUUUAUUUUUCACAAAGGACAAUUAAAAUGUUAUUGUAUUGUAUUGUGUUUGGUUUACAUUAGUGAGUACACAGGACCAGUAAAAAAGCAAAAUAUAUUUACAUUUUAUUUAUCCUGUGUUGUUCCAGACUAUGGCCUGACAGCCUACAGAAAGGAGAACUUUGAGGUAGUCAGUAAUGGGUUCCACUGUGAGGAUACCUACCGUAUAUACUAUGCCCCUGAGGUCCUCCUGGGAAGCAGCUCUAAUAUCACUCCGGCUGCUGACGUUUACAGGUACUGUAGCCCCACUGCGACAGCUAUUAUAUAUAUAUGAUGACACCAUGGUGAUAACCAUGGUUGGGGCCAAUUCCAUUUCAAUUCAGUCAGUUGAAAAGCAAUGAGGGAAAUAAAAAUUUGACUUCCUGAAUUUACAAUUGAAAUGGAAUUAAGCCCAACCCUGGUUGUAACUAUUGUACUUACUGUAUGUGAUAUUAUUAUGGUGGUAUGGUAAUUACAUAAAUACUAGACCAUGGACAUGUUGUUUAUGUUUAAGUCAGCACGACAGUACCUGCAAGUUUUUCAUCCAAGGUGCUAGUUUUAUGCUAAAUUGAGUCUCAGACACAAAAGUGCAUGCAUGAAACAUCUGGGAUAUGGUUAUACCAUCUGUAUGAUCUGGUGUUAUUAGAUGUGUUCAAUGGUUUCUGUGUCUUCCCCUCCCCAGCUACUCUAUCAUCUUAGUUGAGAUUGCCACCCGCUCUGACCUCCUUUUAGUAAGUAUGAUACAAAGAUAAUACUAAUGAUAAUGACCUUUGACCACGCACGCUCAGGUUUUUGUUUACCAUUUUUUUCUCUAUGACCACCUCUCCGACAGGACCAAACGGAGGGCGUGAAGUUGGAUAUCAUGUGGCGCCCUUCCCUGCCUGAACUGAAAGCUGGGAAAGCGGAUACUGAUUGUCCUAACCGGGGAGAUUACUGUGAGGUGUGUGACAAAAUCCACUGACAUUUGCUGUUGCUUAUUAUUUAAUAUACUCGGUCCGAUGAUUCAUAUGUAUUCAUUUAAGCACUUUCAGGAGCGUUUUACUCCAAAAUAUGUUUAAUCUUAUAUUUGUAUUUUGUUCAUGUUUGACACAGUCCCUCAGACAUUGUGCAUGUCACCAUUCAAGUUUUGGGGUAAAAUCUUUAGAUGUACGGUAAGUGUGCCAAAGAGGCUAAUUUCUUUUUUUCUUUUUUUUUAUCUCUACUCUGUAAUACUUCAACAGCUGAUCAAGAAGUGCUGGUCUCAUAAUGUCACAUUGAGGCCGACUUUUGAGCAGGUGAAGAAGAUGCUGGAUAAGAUGAACCCACACAAAGUCAGCCCUGUGGACAUGAUGAUGAAUCUGGUAAUGCUCUGAUAUAACAUUUGGCCACUUAAAGGAUGAGUAAGUUAUUUCAGAAGCUAGCAGAUUCAUUACUUACCAACAGCUGCAAAUCUCAAUAAAACAACAUAUUGUUUUGAAGUUCACUUUCCUUACUUUGUCUAACAACACAAUCAUUAUCUAGCAAAAAAGUUGUGGGUCAGAGUGCAGUAUUUAUUUAGUUUCAUAGCACAAACACUUGCUAGCAAGUUUCUCACAUUGGCUUUAGCCGGGGCCUGCCUGGAGACGCAUCCAGGUGCAGCCCCGAACCAGCUUGUGACUAAAACUAGCCUGUCACUAAAAUUAGCCUUUCAUUAAAACCAAUACUAUUGCCAUCUACUGGCGUGGUUAAUCCCUACAACAUACUGUACAUGUGAACUUUUCUUUCCUAGAUUCCUUUCCUUCUUUCUUUGCUCCCUUUCCUUUCCUCCUUUCCUAGCUUCCUUUCCUAACUUCCUUUAUUUUUCUCCAUUCCUCGCUUCUGUGAGUGAUUAAAAAAACAAUCGGUUCAAGGACAUACAUAUGGUGUAAUAGAAGCAAUUAUUAGUGCCAGGGUUGUCUUCGAAAUGUGUAUUUAUUUACAGAAAGAUUGACCACGAAGAUUGCCAUUUUCCCCUUCACUAUAAUGGUGGAUCCUGUUUUCUGCAAACAGUGUUUGUAGUACCGCGGUUGGCUUUGAACUUCAUGGAUUGAAUGAGGGGGAAGUAAUUCUCCCCUGUUUCUCCCCUGGUUUAGCGCAACAGCUAAAAUGGCUUUGAAAAAAUAUGAUUUCAGCUAAUAUCGAGAAGUAGGCCUAUCUAACAAAAUAACUACAUUAGGCAUUCACUAAUCAUAAACUAUUUACAUAUAAUAGAAACUUGGGUACAUUUGUAGACAAAAUUCUAUUUUAGGGCUCUAGCCAAUCUGUUUUGCUGAAGCGUUACAGAUUGUACGAUAGAAAUGUAAAGGUAAUUUCUGAUUGAGCCGAUUUAUGCAGCGUUUUCAGUGAACGCAGUCUCCGCUAACGUGGAAACAUUGCCUUUAAAUUUCAAUCACGCUGUAAUGAUGAACUUCCACGAUACAGAUUGAAUAGAGCCCUUCCUCAACCUUUAAAUCAAAAUCUUAUAUAUUUGGAGAGAAAAAAAUCAGCAGACUGAUUAUUAUGAUAAUCACAAUAAAGUGGGGAAAAAAAGUAUUUAGUCAGCCACCAAUUGUGCAGGUUCUCCCACUUAAAAAGAUGAGAGAGGCCUGUCAUUUUCAUCAUAGGUACACAUCAACUAUGACAGACAAAUUGAGAACAUUUCUUCCAGAAAAUCACAUUGUAGGAUUUGUAAUGAAUUUAUUUGCUAAUUAUGGUGGAAAAUAAGUAUUUGGUCACCUACAAACAAGCAAGAUUUCUGGCUCUCACAGACCUGUAACUUCUUCUUUAAGAGGCUCCUCUGUCCUCCACUCGUUACCUGUAUUAAUGGCACCUGUUUGAACUUGUUAUCAGUAUAAAAGACACCUGUCCACAACCUCAAACAGUCACACUCCAAACUCCACUAUGGCCAAGACCAAAGAGCUGUCAAAGGACACCAGAAACAAAAUUGUAGACCUGCACCAGGCUGGGAAGACUGAAUCUGCAAUAGGUAAGCAGCUUGGUUUGAAGAAAUCAACUGUGGGAGCAAUUAUUAGGAAAUGGAAGACAUACAAGAUCACUGAUAAUCUCCCUCGAUCUGGGGCUCCACGCAAGAUCUCACCCCGUGGGGUCAAAAUGAUCACAAGAACGGUGAGCAAAAAUCCCAGAACCACACGGUGAGCUGGGACCAAAGUAACAAAGCCUACCAUCAGUAACACACUACGCCGCCAGGGACUCAAAUCCUGCAGUGCCAGACGUGUCCCCCUGCUUAAGCCAGUACAUGUCCAGGCCCGUCUGAAGUUUGCUAGAGUGCAUUUGGAUGAUCCAAAAGAGGAUUGGGAGAAUGUCAUAUGGUCAGAUGAAACCAAAAUAUAACUUUUUGGUAAAAACUCAACUCGUCGUGUUUGGAGGACAAAGAAUGCUGAGUUGCAUCCAAAGAACACCAUACCUACUGUGAAGCAUGGGGGUGGAAACAUCAUGCUUUGGGGCUGUUUUUCUGCAAAGGGACCAGGACGACUGAUCCGUGUAAAGGAAAGAAUGAAUGGGGCCAAGGAGUGAAAACCUCCUUCCAUCAGCAAGGGCAUUGAAGAUGAAACGUGGCUGGUUCUUUCAGCAUGACAAUGAUCCCAAACACACCGCCCGGGCAACGAAGGAGUGGCUUCGUAAGAAGCAUUUCAAGGUCCUGGAGUGGCCUACCCAGUCUCAAGAUCUCAACCCCAUAGAAAAUCUUUGGAGGGAGUUGAAAGUCCGUGUUGCCCAGCGACAGCCCCAAAACAUCAUUGCUCUAGAGGAACAGUGUGUGAAAACCUUGUGAAGACUUACAGAAAACGUUUGACCUGUGUCAUUGCCAACAAAGGGAUAUAACAAAGUAUUGAGAAACUUUUUUUAUUGACCAAAUACUUAUUUUCCACCAUAAUUUGCAAAUAAAUUCAUUAAAAUUCCUACUGUGUGAUUUUCUGGAUUUUUUUUUCUCAUUUUGUCUGUCAUAGUUGACGUGUACCUAUGAUGAAAAUUACAGGCCUCGCUCAUCUUUUUAAGUGGGAGAACUUGCACAAUUGGUGGCUGACUAAAUACUUUUUUCCCCACUGUACAUGUCAUGAAUCUCACAAAUCUGUAUUGUAAAAUGAUUUGGACUUUGGAUCAAAAUGGAGAUAUCUGCUGUGUAUGGAUCACUGGACCUGCUUUCAUAAUUGUCAACAUACAGUAUAUUUGCUUAUAGGUACACUGCAUAACAUGAUGUCUGUUACAAUUCUAGAUGGAAAAGUACAGUAAGCAUUUAGAGGCCAUUGUAGCGGAGAGAACACAGGAUCUUCUCCAAGAGAAACAAAAGACAGACUGUUUGCUAUACAGUAAGUACAUGAAACUACCAAUGGUCCACGAUACAGUAGGUCGGAGUUGAGGCUACUUACACUAUAUAUACAAAAGUAUGUGGACACCCCUUCAAGUUAGUGGAUUCAGCUAUUUCAGCCACACCUGUUGCUGACAGGUGUAUAAAAUCGAGCACACAGCCAUGCAAUCUCCAUAGACAAACAUUGGCAGUAGAAUGGCCUUACUGAAGAGCUCAGUGAUUUUCAACGUGGCAUCGUCAUAGGAUGCCACCUUCUAACAAGUCAGUUGGUCAAAGUUCUGCCCUGCUAGAGCUGCCCAGGUCAGCUGUAAGUGCUGAUAUUGUGAAGUAGAAACUUCUAGGACAAACAACGGCUCAGACUCGAAGUGGUAGGCCACUUGAGAGCACAGAGCGGGACCUCCGAGUGCUGAAGCGCGUAGCGCGUAAAAAUCGUCUGUCCUAGGUUGCAACACUCACUACCAAGUACCAAACUGCCUCUGGAUGCAACUACAGCACCACACACAAGCCUAAGAUCAUCAUGCGCAAUGCCAAGCGUCGGCUGGAGUGGUGUAAAACUUGCCGCCAUUGGACUCUGGAGCAGUGGAAACCCAUUCUCUGAGGUGAUGAAUCACGCUUCACCCUCUGGCAGUCUGACGGACGAAUCUGUGUUUGGCGGAUGCCCUGAGAACCCUACCUGCCCCAAUGCAUAGUACCAACUGUAAAGUUUGGUGGAGGACGAAUAAUGGUCUGGGGCUGUUUUUCAUGGUUCAGGCUAGCAUGACAAUGCCCCCGUGAACAAAGCGAAGUCCAAACAGAAAUGGUUUGUCGAGAUCGGUGUGUAAGAACUUGAUUGGCCUGCACAGAGCCCUGACCUCAACCCCAUCGAACACCUUUGGGAUGAAUUGGAACACCGACUGCGAGCCAGGCCUAAUCGCCCAACAUCAGUGCCCGACCUCACUAAUGCUCGUGGCUGAAUGGAAGCAAGUCCCCGCAGCAAUGUUCCAACAUCUAGUGGAAAGCCUUCCCAGAAGAGUGGAGGCUGUUAUAGCAGCAAAAGCGAACCAACUCCAUAUUAAUGUCCAUGAAUUUGGAAUGAGAUGUUCGACAGGCAGGUGUCCACAUACUGUUGUUCAUGUAGUGUAUUACGUGUGGUGUUGUCUCCACUGUCAUCUAGUGGUAAAGAAGUAAAUUCAGAUGUACCACAAUGACAACAUAAAUGCUCCCAAAAUACAUUUGGAUGUUGCUAUAUACUGUUUUUCUGUUUGGAAGAGAAAGAGUUGUUUGAAUGCAAAGCCAUUGGUGACACCAGUGACCAUUAUAUCUACAUUUAACAAAAUUCCUGAAUGGAACAGUUUGAAAGGCAGGAAAAUGUUUUGAAUCUAAAGUUAUUUAUUGUUAUUUAAAACUCCAGGGUUGGACGGCAUACCAUUCGAGGUAUACCAAACCUUUUUUGAUAUACUCAGAGGACCAUUAUUAGCAUGUUUAACCACUCCUAUGUAAAUGGUAGAUUAUCAGACACUCAAGAAGAAGGUCUGAUUUCAUUAUUACUGAAACAGGAUACAAGUGGAAAAUAUAAAGAUCCAGUCCAUUUAGAAAAUUGGAGGCCCCUUACACUUCAGUGUUGUGAUGAAAAAAUUAUAGCAAAAUGUAUAGCGCAUAGAAUUAAAAAGGUAUUAUCGGACAUUAUUAAUUCUAAUCAGACAGGUUUUUUACAUGGACGAUACAUUGGAGAUAAUAUAAGGCAACUAUGAAACACUAUGAAAAAUCUGGGAAAACAGGUCUGUUAUUCAUAGCAGACUUCGAAAAGGCAUUUGAUAAAGUACGACUGGGGUUUAUAUAUAAAUGCCUGGAGCAUUUCAAUUUUGGAGAAUCUCUUAUAAAAUGGGUUAAAAUCAUGUAUAGUAACCCUAGGUGUAAAAUAGUAAAUAAUGCCUAUUUCUCCAAAAGUUUUAAACUGUCAAGAGGAGUGAAACAAGGUUGUCCACUAUCGGCAUAUCUAUUUAUUAUGGCCAUCGAAAUGUUAGCUAUUAAAAUCAGAUCCAACAAUAAUAUCAAGGGAUUAGAAAUCCAGGGCUUAAAAACAAAGGUGUCAUUGCACGCUGAUGAUUCAUGUUUUCUUUUAAAUCCACAACUUGAAUCCCUCCGCAGCCUCAUAGAAGAUCUAGAUACAUUUUCUAACCUCUCUGGAUUACAACCAAAUUAUGAUAAAUGUACUAUAUAUAUAUAUUGGAUCACAAAAAAAUUAUAUUUUUACAUUACCAUGUACUUUACCAAUACAAUGGUCUGAUGGUGAUGUGGAUAUACUCGGAAUACAUAUCCCAAAUGAAAUAAAUGAUCUCGCUCCAAUAAAUGUUAAUAGAAAGUUAGCAAAAAUAGAUAAGAUCUUGCUACCAUGGAAAGGUACAUACCUGUCAAUUUGUGGAAAGAUCACCCUGAUUAACUCUUUAGUAUUAUCUCAGUUUACCUAUUUGCUUAUGGUCUUGCCUACGCCUAGCGAACUGUUUUUUAAAUUAUAUGAGAAAACAAUAUUCCAUUUUAUUUGGAACAGCAAGCCAGACAAAAUUAAACGGGCCUAUUUAUAUAAUGGAUAUGAAUUCGGAGGACAGAAAUGAUAAAAUAUUAAAGCAUUACACCAAUCACUAAAAGCUUCAGUCAUACAAAAGUUAUACUUAAAUCCGAACUGGUUCUCUAGCAAAUUAGUAAGAUUGUCUCACCCAAUGUUUAAGAAUGGCCUUUUCCCCUUUAUUCAGAUUACAACCUCUCACUUUCAGUUAUUUGAAAAGCAUCUCCCAAAUAUCACUAUUUCUAAAACAAGCCAUAGAAAGUUGGUUGCAAUUUCAAUUGAAUCCUCCAGAAACGACAGAACAAAUAAUGCAACAAAUAUUGUGGUUAAACUCAAAUAUACUAAUUGAUCAAAAAAACAUUAUUUAAAAAAGGUAUAAUCUUCGUAAAUGAUAUCAUAAGUAGGACUGGUGGAGUUACAUGCAGCUAACAAAAACAUAUGGAAAUGUCUGCUCUACCCAAAAUUACAACCAAAUAAUUGCAGCAUUACCGCAAAAAUGGAAGAGGAAAGUGAAAGGGGGAAAAAGUAAAGAACUUGUCUGUCGGCCUUGCAUUAAAGAACAUAAUUGGUUAAAGAAAAUUGUAAUAAAUAAAAAAGUAUACCAGUUUCAGUUAAGGACCAAAGGAUUGACUUCCAUCCCAUAUAGAUUGCAAAAUAGUUGGGAAGAAAUAUUUGACGUACCGAUUCCAUGGCAUAGUGUUUAUGAACUGAUACGCAAAAUUACGCCGUAUUCAAAACUUAGAAUUGUUCAAUUUAAAUUAUUAUACAGAAUUCUUGCUACCAAUAUAAUGUUAUUUAUAUGGGGGAUACAAUCUUCCCAGCUCUGCAGAUUUUGCUGCGAAGAGACAGAAUCAUUAGAUCAUUUGUUUUGGUACUGUCCAUUUGUAGCUUGUUUUUGGACACAGGUCCAGGAAUGGCUAAAGGAUUGCAAUAUUUACCUUGAGCAAACCCUGCAGAUAGCACUACUGUGUGAUCUGAAAAGUCAUAGUCACUCAAUCAACAAUAUAAUAAUACUUUUAGCAAAAAUGUAUCAUGAAAAUGAUCGGAGAGGUUGAGGGUAGAGGCAGUUCAGGAGUAAAAACAAACAAAAUAUAAUUAUUGUAAAAUGUGUCCAUAAAAUGUAUAUAGUAUGUAUAAGCUGGAAGUAGAGGCCUAAGCAUUGUUGUUCACUAAUUUACUCCAAUUAGGGAAGGGGUGGUGGGGUUGGAAAGUAAUAAAGGGAUUUUUUUUUUUUUAAAGGAUAUGUAUAUAUAUGUAUGUAUAUGUAUUUAUAUGUAUGUAUAUGUAUGUAUAUGUAUAUAUAUAUAUAUAUAUUUGCGAGAAAAAAACCAUAUGGGGGAUUGGAAGUGAUGCAGACAAUUACAUUGAUGGAAGUUACAAUCUAUCUGCAAUAUUAAAGCUGAUCUACCCCCUAAAAAAAGUUUUAUAAAUUUAUUUGAUUUAUUAUUUUAUUGUCACCAGGUAUGUUACCAAAGCCGGUGGCAGAUGACCUUCGUCAGGGUCGCACGGCAGAGGCUCAGAGCUACUCCAACGCCACAGUCUACUUCAGGUAUGUGUCAUUAGUAGGGCCAAGAGUUUUUCCUAAUCAGGUCACGUGAUCUGGAAAAACUCUUGGCCCUAGUCAUAAGACAGUGCAGUAUUGUGGCACAUCCACAUUAGUUCAUGUAUUGUGUCCUAUGGAGGUGUUGAAUUGGGUAUUUAUUUACGUGCAUUAAGAAAGAGUUCUAAAUGGUAACAACCCUUCAGUGACUCCUUUCUCCCUAUCCAGAUUCCCUCCCAGGUGCCACCGUCUACCUUUUCAAGGUAAAGAUUUAGAGAUGAGUAACAUUUCUUUCUCCUUGUUGGCAGUGACAUUGUGGGUUUCACGGAGCUCUCUGGCUCAAGCACUCCUCACCAGGUGGUGGACUUUCUAAAUCAGCUCUACACCACGUUUGAUGACAUCAUUGAUAAUUAUGAUGUCUACAAAGUGGAGACUAUAGGAGACGCUUGUAAGUAUGAUGGCAAAGAAUCUGUCUCUCCGUCCAUCCGUCUGUCUGUGACUGCCUGUCUGUCUCCAUCAAUCUGUCCAUCCUUCUGUCUGUUAGUUCGUCUGUCCACCCAUCCGCAUGUGUGUGUGUUUGUGCAUUGUUAUCAAGACUGAUCUAAAUGUGUCUGCCCCUCCAGACAUGGUGGUCUCCGGUGUCCCCAAUGAGAAUGGCAUAAACCAUGCGGGGGAGAUCGCCAGCAUGGCUCUGGGUCUGGUCAAUGUUUGCCAUGCCUUUAAAAUCCCCCACAAACCCACCACACAGUUGAGGAUACGAGCUGGCAUCCACUCAGGUAGAGUAGUCCAACUGGGUUAUGUUCAGUAGGGCACACCGUUGUGCCUACUGAACACAACCCUUGUGACAUCUCACUGUUUGAGUGGAAUAAUGGUAGUAAUGAUCAAAACAUCUAACUCAAUUGCAUCUGGUCUGCCCUUGUUGAAAUGUUAGGCAGUUUUGCUAACGGAAUGUACAUUUAUCUUGUGCUAUGCAUUCAAUAUGAAAUGUAAAAACAGCCAUUACAAAAUGUGUGUUUUCCCACGUUUACAUCCUACUUGUAUUUGUGAGAGGUAUUGACAUGUUGAAUGCACCGAGCUGUCUGUUUGAACUACUGGCACACAGCUCGGACACUCAUGCAUACCCCACAAGACAUGCCACCAGAGGUCUCUUCACAGUCCCAAAGUCCAGAACAGACUAUGGGAGGCGCACAGUACUACAUAGAGCCAUGACUACAUGGAACUCUAUUCCACAUCAAGUAACUCAUGCAAGCAGUCAAAUUAGAUUUAAAUAUAUAUAUAUAUAUAUAUAUAUAUAUAUAUAUAUAUAUAUAUAUAUAUAUAUAUAUAUAUAUAUAUAUAUAUAUAUACACCUUAUGGAACAGCAGGGACUGUGAAGCAACACAAACAUAGACACAUGAAUACAAACACACGAUAACAUACGCCCUGUACACACACGUACACAUGUAUUUUGUGUUAUAGAUAUGUGACAGUAGAGUAGGGGCCUGAGGGCAUACAGUUAAUAUGUUAUGAAAUCUGUUAUGAAUGUAUUGUAAUGUUUUUAAAAUACUGUAUAUAACUGCCUUAAUUUUGCUGGAUCCAAGGAAGAGUAGCUGCUGCCUUGGCAGCAGCUAAUGGGGAUCCAUAAUAAAUACAAAUACAUCCCCACAGGACCCGUAGUUGCUGGUGUCGUGGGAACCAAAAUGCCACGGUAUUGCUUAUUCGGUGAUACAGUGAACACAGCAUCGCGGAUGGAAUCAACAAGCGAAGGUACUCAAAGAUCAAAUGCAACCCUUGAGUAUAUACAUUUAAACUCUGUGAGAGUGCAGUUUGUAGGCCUAAGUAAUAGUGAAAUAUUCAGAUUCUUUAUCUGAUUCAGGGUCUAUAAAAUGUGUGUGCCGUAUUAACAGGCCAACUGACUCCACAGACCACUCAGCCUGGCUAAGGUUGAGCAUAUUGUUCAUGGGCUGGGUGGCAGCUGAGGUUGCCAUUGGUGGGGCACCGAUUUAGCCUCUCUGCCUUUAUGCCAAGCUGGAUUUUCUCUGUCUGUGCUCUUCAGCACCCUGCAGAGGGGUUACAUAACUAGAGAGAGCCAUUCUCCUCACUGAGCUCUUAUAAUCCUCGCAACCAAGCAAAAAAGACAAUGAGGGUAGAAAACAGUGACCCUAGUGUGGCAGUGAUUGGAAAACGUGAAACAUAGUGGCUUUUAGGCUACUACAUGAAAAUAUAUUAUUUCUCAUGUGAUAGGGCAGGAUGCCCAACAUUACUUUUGUAGUACUGAAUUACUUGUUGUACAACGUUACUUUUCUAACACUGUAUUUGCCUUUUGUAGAUUGUCAUUUAUAAUCCAGCUAGUAUCAAAAAUUGUGAUUAUGUCCAUAGCGCUGAAGAUCCAGGUCAGUGGAGCCACUGCUGACCUGCUAAACACACUGGGAGGUUACACUCUGAUCUGCCGAGGAUCACUAAACGUCAAGGUAAGAUAAUCAGCCAUUUCCCACUCAUUAGUAUGGAUAAUGACACAGUAGCAAAGGGUUCAUGAGGAGAAAAUCUAGCCUGUUCCCAGAUCUGUUUGUGCUGUCUUGCCAACUCCUGGUUAUUUUUUUCUCCAAAAAAUAUGGUUUUGACAACUCCUAUGGUUGUCGUUUGCCAAAGACAAUGGCCAUAGGCAAGACUGCUUGUGAAAUGCAAACUGUAUCCAACAAUAGUGUUAUCAUAUCACCUUCUCACACUACUAGUUUGACCUAAUUUAAGAAUGCUCCUAGUUAGCAAAUGUACAAUAUAGGAGUAUCUGUCUGUUCUGUGAACUGCUAUGGUCGAUAUUCUCGUGGGAAACAAUUAAAAAAGUGGUGUGCUAAGACAUUUUUGGACUUGGCUAUGGCGGUUUCUGUAGAAAUCUUGCCAGCAACAAACAUUUAUUAUAUUCACCCCCUCUGUCUCAUGGGCUUGUAUUCAUGCAGUCACCAAGACCUUUGAUUUGAAGGGAGGGAGGGAGUUAGUAGAGGGUGGAGAGAGAGAGGGAGGGGGGGGGGGGGGGAGGAGCCAAGUGUAUCCCAUGGGAUAGGGCCCAACGUUCAUACUCAUUGAAAGACUGCAUGUCUCCAUUAGGGAGCGGCCUCAGCUGCUUUGUGCUUGUCCCUUACCAACCUUAAUGGCCCUCAUUUAGUAUUUACAAGGACACACAUGCUCCCCAAAUACGGCCCCUUUCUCGGAAGAGAGAAAAAGCAAAACAAUCUCCAUUGGUCUUGAUAGGCUGUCAGACAUACAGUAUACUGCUUUUGGAUGGUCUAUGACCUACAAGUUUAGCCUCCAUUUUUUUGCAUCAACGAUACUGCUCUUUGUUUGUAAAGGGGAAAGGUGAAAUGACGACUUGGUGGCUGGAAGCAAAGAGAGAAGAAUCCUCGGACCCACUCCUCGGAUCCACCGAGUUCAGAGGAGUCCCUGUGCCAGUUAGCAACUAG